GCCACUUAAUGUGCUGCUGAAAGUAAGCUGCUAAUUCCCCGGCAGGUCACUGCAUUCCUCAAGACCCACUUAACCAUCCUUUUGAUUUUUCACGCACUGUAAACGUCCAGCUGAACGCCCCCUCACCUGACUGGCUUUCUCAGGUAGGCACCUGAGGGGACUUUCGCAAUGUGCCUCGUGCACGCGCGCACACACACACACCGUGUAGGGUAUGGAGGAGUUGUCUGCACAUUACUCUUCCUCUGUGUGGAAGCAACUGCAGCAGCACCAGUACCGGUGAUCCACCAAACUACAAGGCAGACAGCAUCAAAGCAAAAUAAUGGAAGAGCAGUCUGUCAGUGAACCAGCCACAUCAGGCUUUGUCGUGGCUGACUACGCAGUCUUUGCUGGCAUGCUGUUGGUCUCUAUGAGUAUUGGACUCUUCCAGGCCCUGAAGAAGAACCCGAGUGGGGCCAGUGCUGAUGACUUCUUCACUGGGGGUCGAAGUAUGCCAGCAGUGCCUGUUGGGAUGUCGCUCUGUGCCAGUUUUAUGUCAGCAGUUCAGGUUCUAGGUGUUCCUUCUGAGGCUUUUCGCCACGGCUUUAAAUUCCUCUACAUGUGCCUCGGACAGAGCAUCAAUUCCCUGCUGACAGCUUACCUCUUCCUGCCAGUUUUCUUUCGACUGGGCAUCACAAGCACCAAUCAGUAUCUGAAGAUGAGAUUUGGCAGAGGGAUGCAGCUGCUGGGGAGUAUCCAGUUUCUUGUUGCGACGCUGCUUUACACAGGGAUUGUUAUCUAUGCACCUGCCUUGAUCCUCAACCAAGCUACUGGACUCAACAUUUGGGUGUCUCUGUUUUCUACUGGGAUCAUUUGCACCCUGUACACCACACUGGGUGGCAUGAAAGCUGUGAUCUGGACUGAUGUGUUCCAGAUUGUUGUCAUGUUGUCGGGGUUUGUGGCCAUUUUCAUCCAAGGCACAGUUCUGGUUGGUGGUCCUGCACUGGUACUGGAGAUUGCCCAAAAUGGAUCACGCAUUAAUUUUAAUGAUUUUGAUGCUGACCCACGGAAGCGCUAUAGCUUCUGGAGCCUUUCUGUUGGAGGUACAUUGGUGUGGUUGUCCAUGUAUGGAGUAAACCAAGCUCAAGUCCAGCGCUACAUCUCCUGCAGAUCAGAAAGAGACGGCCAGUGGGCGCUGUUUGUGAACCAAGUGGGUCUGUGCCUGAUUGUAGGCAGUGCAGCAACAUGCGGAAUCGUCAUGUUUGCUUAUUAUAACAACUGUGAUCCACUGAUGUCUGGGAAGAUUUCUGCUCCUGAUCUGUAUAUGCCUUACUUCGUGCUGGAAAUAUUCCAAAAUCUCCCAGGCUUUCCAGGUCUUUUCCUUGCCUGUGCAUACAGUGGCACUUUGAGUACGGCCUCCACAAGUAUCAAUGCAAUGGCUGCAGUAACGAUGGAGGACCUGCUGCGACCUCAUCUGCGCCACAUGACCCAAAAGAAAUUGAUCCUUGUUUCCAAAGGACUGUCAUUGCUGUAUGGAGUUGGUUGUAUCACCGUAGCUGCUCUCUCUUCCCUCCUGAACUGGGGAGUACUUCAGGGCUCAUUCACUGUCAUGGGUGUGGUCAGCGGUCCAUUACUGGGUGUAUUCAUUUUGGGGAUGUUUGUUCCAGCAACUAACAGGGUGGGGGCGUUCUCAGGAAUAUCAGUGGGCUUCUGUGUUUCUCUGUGGCUGGCUGUUGGUUCAACUCUUUACCCACCCAGUGACAAGACCAUUGGUGUUCUGCCCAGCUACGCAGGCCAGUGUGCAGGCAGCAACAUCACCCUGAACAGCAGCCCUAACCAGGACCAACACUCCUUCUCCACCCCUCUUCGGCCCGAUAACGCGGGGGGCCUCCUUAACUUCUACUCCAUGUCUUACCUCUAUUUUGGUGCCAUGGCGACGAGUUCUGUUGUGCUAGUUGGGCUGAUCGUGAGCUAUGCAACAGGGCCAACAAAAAGGAAUCAGAUUAAAGAGGGUUUGUUAUGGUGGGAUCUGAACAAAAAGCAAGUAGAGGUCCCAUCAGAGCGCAGAACUGGAACAAUGUCCAGGAUCUUUCCCCGCCUUCUGCACAAUGCAUGCUGGGAUACACAUGUGAGCAUGAAUAGAAAUAACCUGGGAGACAAGGUGAGGGAUAAACCACAGCUUGUGCCUUUGAGGGACCUGCCUAGAGAAAACAAGUGAAAAAACCAACAGAUGUUAUAGAAUAUUAAAUCAGCACUCAGAGUUUAGGUGUUUGAGAACUAAAGGUUGUUUAUUUUUCAUCCUAAAUAGCAGUAGUGACAAUGGCAUUUCCUUUCUUUUGUACUCGUCCUUGAUCUGCUCCAUAUGUGAAGGUGAAACAACAGACUAUUCUAAAAUGUCUGUUUCUUAAACUGUGGUUGAAGGCCUUUAUAAAGUGCCAAGGAAUGUAUAGACUAAUCAAAUGUAGUCUGGUGUUAUUCUAAUUUCUUUAAUGUUGAAAGGUUCUUUCAUCUGGACAUUUUUUGGUAUGCCCACCUG